AGUGUAUUUGUGUGGAUUAAUAGUAUAAACUACACCUUUUUAUAUUUUAGGCUACUGAGCUGUUUACAGAGAAAAGCUGAAACAUGGCAUCGAUAAAGGAUACCAAGUCAGCAGGAAAGACCUCUAGGUCCCGGUCCAAGUCUAAGUCCAGGAGCCGUAGUCGUAGUCGCAGCAGAAGCAGAUCAAGAGGACGAACUUCAUCAGUAACUCGCCAACGCAAACCCACCACCCCAAAACCCAAACAGGAAAAGAUGGAGUCAAACUCACCAGCCAGGACAAGAAACAGAACCCCUGAAAGGGCUGUAACUCCAACCAGAAAGUCUGCUCGUCUUCAGAACCUGACCCUUGCCCCAGAGGAGAGGAAGCCAUUGGAGUUUGAACCAUCAGCGGAGGAGGAGAAGCGUGUUAGCCGCACAAAGAAGACAGAGUUUGGAGGAGCCAUUGGAGCAUUUUUCAUGAUCUUAGGACUUCCAAUCACAGUUUACUUUUUCAACUUUGUUUGCAGCAAGAACAAUUGCAAGCCCCACCUACCCGUUGUGUCAUUGGACUGGAGGAAUUACUUUGACGGUCAGGCUGCUGCAAUAUACCUCGGGUGGAUGGCUUUCCAGGCUGUACUCUAUAUGGUACCUGUUGGGCCAGUGGUCAUGGGUCAGCCUCUUCGUUCUGGUCAGCGACUUAAGUACAGGUGUAAUG